UAUGUGACCUGUCGUGCUUGGCCUUUAAAAAAUAAGGCACUCCGCGUGAAGCCUAUGCACGGAGUUUUUUAACCGAAGAGCCCUUGGCAUUUUUCAUUACCAAAAUUAUACUGGAUGCUAUAUCCAGUGGAUCCGUUUUAAGCCUAAAAGUUCACGUCCUAGUUUACUACAUGAAAUAUAAGUACUUACAGCAUUCGGUCAUUGUUUAUUGAAGCUUUUUAAACCCUUCCGCGGAAGCGUACUUUAAAAUAGAAGUCCUCGUAAAGUCUUCUUUUUCUACUACUUUACAUAUUCGCAGUCCAAAGUUUGUCUCCAUUCUUCCACGAGUAACCAGCCACUCCACUACGUAUUUAGCACUCCCUGGCCAACAGAAAUGGGUUCAGCAAAUCCACUCCCACCCAACUUUGGUGCUGAUCUAGCCCAACAAAUCCGUGAGACCAUUCAAGCCAGCCUUGGAGGAGCAGGACUACGAGGUCGAGGUCAAGGUCAAGGUCGACCACGCCCACCUCCAAGUGCAUCAUCGGGCCAACCCCAAUCUGGUACCACCGGAACAAGUGAGGGGGGUCACCAUUUCGAGCAAUGUACGGGAGACAUUACGCUGACCACCCAAGUUUUGGACAGGAAGCCAUUGACUCCGGAGGAGGAAGCUCGAGCACGACGUGGUGCUGCUCGGCUUGCACGGUAUGAAACCCCCGAAACCAUCGAUAUGACGGAUCAACAAUUAAAACGACUCGUCUUGUUGGAGAAGCUGCGAAAUUUGAGGGGAGAGAGACUCCGAGGGGGCAAUGCUUCACCGCAACAAGAGCGAGCUAACGCUAACGUUGCAGGCGGUGGUAUUGCACCUGGUGUUGUAGGCGCUGAUAUGACCGGUCAUGACGAGGAUGGUCUGGACACCGACAGUGAUUAAUUUCUUACUGGAUAGUAGUAAAUCCUUUCACAAUAAUAAUUUUCGUACUCUUUCAAAAAUCUCUAGGAAACCGAUUAUCCUAUGACGCGUAAUUUAUUAUUUCUUACAAAACUAGUACAUAUAUACUUCUUGGCAAUUACAUAUAUGUAUACUGAAAUACUGAAAAGUAGUUCUUGUGAAGGUAAUUUGCUAUAUUUUGGAAUAAAUGAAGUUUGACAUA